CAGGCUGAGAAGAGGAGCAUAAGGGAGAUAUCAGGACGAUGAGCAGAAAAUAUAGCUUUCUGCACCAGAAACGAAAGAAAAAAUAAGAGAAAACAUACUGGCUUAAGGAUGACAGUUUUUAAGUAAGAUUUCCUCUUCAUGCGUGAUAUGCGUUUCCUGGGUACUGGCAAAGGGGCGCUUAGGAUGCUGGUCGGAUUUUGCAGCAUGCUAAAAUUAUGGGUGUAUAGGGGAGAUUUUGUCUGGCUGUUUUGCUUUGCCAUGGAUCGUUCUAAAAAUUAGACGCAGAGGUGAGGAAGUGGAUUGAUUUUUUAUUUCAACGCCGGAAAAUAUGCAGCCCAUCAUCAUGUUGCAAAGGAGGUAGGUGACAUUGUUUGGGGGAAAAAACUGGAGAGGAGAAUAACCCACUGGAGAUUGCUUUUGUCUCCCCCUAAAAUAUGAUCAGGGGUGCUUGGAUGUAUCGAAGGGAAGAUGAUGCCGUGUUGAAAAUAUGUUGUGCACCCAAACAAAACGACAAACCCUGCGCCGAUUCCGAGAGGGCACAGAAAUGGCGAAUGUCUUUGGCAUCCCUGUUAUUUUUCACCGUCCUUCUCUCUGAUCACCUCUGGUUGUGUGCUGGAGUUGAGCUGAGGUCCAAGGAGAGGAACUACCGCAAAGCCUGGAGCAACGCGACUGACGGGGACCAUCCAGUACAGGGCGAAAAGUGUGGUAUUUUUCUAAGCAAUUUGACCAAAUCCGCUGCUCCAAGUCCUCAUUGCACUGAUGCUCAAAACCACCAACAUCUGGAGUCAGCCUGCACCACCUUGCAUCGGCAGAGAACGGGCCUUGGUUCCACAUUUUCAACUCCAUCGUUAUCGACACAGUUGAUUUUGACUCAUUUUAGGAAUUUCAGCCUUUCCUUUUGUGACUCAUACUCGAUCUCCGACCUGCUGUUGGGGAUGGCCAACCCAGACAAUUUGAAUUGCAGUCUUCAGAAUAUGAUUUGGGAUUUGGGUAGCGGCGUUGGGGAGGACGACGACGUCUGCAGCACCUGCAUCCAGGCAUACAUGAGACUGGACCAACACGCUCAGGAAAAAUAUGAGGAGUUUGACUCCCUCUUUCUCAAGUAUUUAUCAGAGGAUUAUUCAGUAAGAUCAAGUACAGAGGACUGUAAGUCAGUCUACAAAGCCUGGUUAUGCUCAGAAUAUUUCAAUGCUACCCAGAGCCAGUGUCACUACAGGAUUCCCUGCAAGCAAUACUGUCUGGAGGUCCAGACCAGAUGCCCAUUUGUGUUACCAGACAAUGACGACUUGGUCUACGGGGGGUUAUCCAGCUUCAUCUGUACAGGGCUACUAGAAAACCAUUUAACCAAUGUAGAGCCAGAAUGUUGCGACGUCAGAUGGAGCGGCUGUGAGCGGGCGUCGGAGGGCCCCUGCGGCUCGUGGUCCAGACCCCCCGGCUCCUCGGCGUUGCCCGUGUCCGCUGCCUCCCGGCUCUGCAGCAGCAGGCUCAAACUGUGUGUGCUGGUCCUCAUCCUCCUGCACACUGUCGUCACUUUUUCUACGGUACAAAACAGCGGGGGGAUGACCCUGGAGACCAUCACCCCUAUGGAGGAAGCCUCCACAAGAGAGGAGUGA